AGCAUACGGGGUUUUUAGUUUUCCACGCUUUGGAAAGUUUCGGUCAGUGAGAGUGUUAUACGGAGAUAUGAAUGUUUGCAAUUUUGUAGUGUUUUUUCUGCUAUCGUCGGCUGUACACUGCUUAGGAGAUCCCAAAAGAGAUGGAAAAAGCCCUCGACUGGUGUGUCAUUUCUGUAGCAAGUCUAACAGCAGCCAAAGUGAUUGUACAUGGAGCAACACAACUUGUGAUGAGACAAGCAAACACUGUUACACCAUGUGGAUAAAUGACUCUUCAAGUAAAGGAGGGGUACAACAGGCAGGGUGCUGGCAGCAAAAUGCAAACUGUGAAGAUUCAUUGUGUUUGGGUGAGAAGACACAUAAUGGGAAAGCUUUUUUCUUUUGCUGCUGUAAUGAAAAUCUUUGUAAUGGGAAUUUCAGUUUACGCCCUGAGACAACAAGAUCAACAGUAACUUCUGAACCAAUAACUACAGGAGGAAUAAUACAAUAUACCAACAAACCUUCAGAACCUGACAGGCGUGGCCCCACAUACACACUGUUGUAUUUAGUGGCUCCAAUUUUUGUAAUAGCAGUUAUCCUGGUAAUUGGGUUUUUUAUGUAUCGCCGCCACAAAACACCAUUUCCGACCCGUAUCCUGGAAGAAGAACUUCUCAACUCAAUCCCUCCACCAUCCCCAGAGCUGGGCUUCAGACCCAUUCAGCUUGUGGAAGUCAUUUCACAAGGAAAGUUUGGCACAGUAUGGAAAGCAGAUUAUCUCGAAGAUGUAGUUGCUGUUAAAGUUUUCCCAAUGGCCCACCAGACUGCUUGGGUCUGUGAAAAAGAUAUCUUUACAACUUGCAACUUGAAACAUGAAAAUAUUCUUAAAUUUGUUGCAGUAGAGAAGCACAACAAUGGCUCAUGCUCUGAGCUGUGGUUGAUAACAGAGUAUCACGAGCAUGGAUCUCUUGGCGACUAUCUUAAGAGCCAUGUAGUAACGUGGCCAGAGCUGUGUUCAAUGGCAGGAAGUAUGGCUAAUGGCCUUGCAUAUCUGCAUACAGAAGUAUUAGAAAGUUCUUUCAAACCCUGCAUAGCUCACAGAGAUUUCAAAAGUAAAAAUGUGCUGGUCACAAAGGAUCUAACCUGCUGUUUGUCUGAUUUUGGACUGGCAAUGAAGUUUGACUCUGGCGGGGAUCCAGGGGAGACACAUGGCCAGGUUGGAACAAGACGUUACAUGGCACCAGAAGUACUUGAAGGAGCCAUCAGUUUCACAAGGGAGUCAUUUUUGUACAUUGAUAUGUAUGCCUUUGCUCUGGUUCUUUGGGAGUUGAUGUCCAGAUGUACUGCUGCUGAUGGUCCUGUUGAUGAAUACAAGUUGCCAUUUGAAGAAGAAAUAGGAUCACAUCCUUCCUUAGAGGACAUGCAACAAGUUGUAGUACAGCAAAAGAUCAGACCUAAAUUCCGACCAGACUGGUUUGUCCACUCGAAUAUGGCGAGCCUUCUUCAGACUAUUGAAGAAUGUUGGGAUCAAGAUGCAGAGGCUAGGUUAACAGCUCAGUGUGUCGCAGAAAGGUUAUCUCAAUUCAACACAAAUUCAAGCUUCGAUUUGGCGCAUUCUCCCACUGUUACAACAGUAGUUAACAACACCAACAUUACUCCAUCUUCAAAAGAGUCAUCAAUAUAAACAAGAGUAAAAAAAUAAUACAAUGUGAAGCAUCCUUAGGGAGCAGCGAGUCAGUAAGGUGAGUAUCAGGAAUACAUUCACCUGUAAAAGAGUCAGGAAACUCAGAGUUUUAAACACUGUGGAUCAGAGUUUGUGUACAAGGCAGCAAAUGGAUACAAUACAGUGAACAAACAAAAAUCAAGCCAAAGAUCUUUGCCGUUCAGCCAGCAAAUGGGUACUGUGUGCUGUUCGUUGUUUGAUCAAUUUGUCCUCUUCAACAUAUUUUAAGACCAUUACGACAUAUUUGGUAAUCAGUGGUUAACACCCCUAUUGAUUUUUUAAGUAAGCAUUUUGGUGGUACUGGUACAUUUUAAUUCAAACAAGAACACGGCAUCAACACUAAAACUACCGGUAACUAGAACUUUAGGUAAUUAAGAAAGCUGAACAAAGUUAUCGGGCUUUAUUUCUUUUUCAUCUUCUCCUUACAAACAGGUUCUUAUUUUAAAGACUGGUGUACCAUACUUUUAAACUGUUAUUUACUAGCCGUAUGUAGAUACAUUUAUUUUAUUAACUGAAGGUGCAAUAUUUAUCCAUCAUUGAUUGUGACGAUCUCACUGAUCUUUAUCCUAGUGAUGUGAAUUUGCUAUGAUAUCAAUAUUAAGGGAAAGGGAAAACUUAAAUUGGUCAUUUUGUUACCAGGAUAAUUACCUGGUAUGUUGAAGUUUGUUGAUUAUGCUAUUUAUACAGGGUUGUCAAAAGAUUCCUAGCAAUUGGUGCCUUUCAACACCUACUGAAAAGCAUGCCGGCUGUCGUGAAUGCUUGUGGCUCAAGUUUCAGCAUAGAAGCAUGACCUUGUGUGGCCUAUUUUGAAUCCCAAACUCAUUACUCAAAUUCUUUUUUGACAAUCCUGUUACAUGAGUGUUACAUUAGUGGAUGGAGUAUUCUACAGAUGUGUCCUCUCCGUUCAGUUGGACCAUUUCCUAUUUAUCCAAAAUCAGUAAUAGCAGGUUGCGCUCGAUACUAGAGCAGUAAUUUUCAAAAUGGAUGCAGAGAAAUUAAUUUUGUUGGUGUCCGUGAAGAGGAAGCCACUGACUAGAGAGAAACUCUAUUGUUCUGAUAAUCCCCCAAGUACCUCUAGUAACACAAUUAGUCUCCUCAGGCUCGGUUAUUAUAGUCAAUUAGUCGCCAUGGUCUUGUCUAAGGGAUUAAUUUGACAAUAUUUGUCUCUUCUGGGGCAGAGAAUUGGCCUAUGGCCAUCUUUGAAUAUUUGUGAAUCGUCUCAAGUGUGUGAUAAAUUAAGUGAAAGCUAACAUGUGAUUAGGUACUUAAUCUGCAUGUUGUCUUAAAGAAGAUUGAGAAAGGAAACUUUACCAUUCCGUAUCUUCAUGUCCAUGUAAAACCAUUUUUUCUUGUUUUCAGUAUCCUACAGAGAAAAGUACGUUGAUAGAUGAUCUGAAUUGGACAAUUUUAAAAUUCUGUUCUCCUGAUCCUUUAGUCACUUGGACAGUUUCCCAGAUACUUCAAAGCAAUGAUAAAUUAUUACUGAACUAUUAAUUAUCAACUAAGCAUUCAUUUUGCGUAAAAUAAUCCAGCGUGUUAAUCAAUACAUCUCAAAAUAAAAGACUUUCGCAAUAUCUCCAUGUUCAAACCCAAAUGUGCUGGCAUAAUGAUUAAUUCCUUUGCUAAAAGAUUGACCAUUUUAUCUUUUAAGGGGGUGGGGAAGGGGAUGAAAGUAUCAUCAAAAAAUUACUCUCCUGGAAAAGAAAAUCAAAGAAAACAUUUGUCUCACAAAACUGCUAAAAACAGCAACAUUUAUUAUAAUUUUACCCCUCCAUAACUAAAAUGGUUCAUAGUCCUCAAUGUCUAAUAUAUUGUCCAUUGUCAAAGAAAACAAUUGUGACUGUAUCUAUAUCAAGGUAAUAUUCUCUAGUUAUUUGUUACACCAAGGCUGAAAAAAUUUAAAUGUGAACGGGAAAGAAUAUGGUCUUUCCUAUUUCAGAGAUAUGUACCCAAUAAUAAUCAAAGUUGUACAGAAAAGACAACAAUCUCUUGUUACUGUAAAUAGUUUUAAGUAUUUUUACUACGCAUUUAUCAUAUUGUUGUUAUAUUCUACAAUUCGAUGUCUUACGAUUCGCAUUUAUCGCGGUCUGUAAAUAGAGUUCUUCUGAUACAGCUCGGUAAGAGCUCCUGAAUUAACGAAGCUUUUAUCCAGGUCCCGCACUUGCCCAAGGCAAGAGAGGGCCCUGGGUACGGCAAUGAAUAAAACCAUAUCAUCAGUUUGAAAAUAAGAAAAGGUUGAACUAUUAAACUUGGAAACGUC